CUCCCUCUGAGCCAAUUGCAGUCCGGCACUGUGUCGUUUUUCCGUAAGGGUUCCUGCGGCUCCGCCAAUCAGAAUGAGCCAGGGGUCACAUGUGCAAGUUUCGCGGCAAAAAAGAUUUGGCGCGUAAACCCCUGCGCUUGCCGGAUCAGCUGGUGCAGAACAACAGAAACAAUAACAAAGCAGUAGAAGGGGCAAGGUGAUCGUCUCAAAAACACAGAGGGCAGAUGCGGAAGAAACCUUUAUUUUCCAUGGACAGGCUCUCGCCCAGGAUAGCUCAGCCGUGGUUCUCUUUUGGCUUUUUCUGUACAAUCUCCACUUGCUUCCUGGAUUGAAUGACUGAUGACAAAGUGGAUGCAGCAGAUAACGAUCGGGCGGAUCAUUGCGGUGUAAAGUCUGCUUGAAUGUCCAGAUCCUUUUUUUUAAUCCAUAUAUACUAUAAUAUAAAUAUUAACCAUUUAGGUAAACUAUAUGGUACUGUAUGGUUGUAGGGAUGCUUUUCACAUAACUUUUUGGAGAGAGAAAAGAAAACAAAAAAAAAUGACUGGGAUAAAUUAACAAAGAAUCACCCUAAAUCUGGGCGAAAAACUAGCUUUUGUGCACGCUGAGCAAAAAAAUGUUAACUAUACAUUUUAUAUAGUUUACUAGUGGUCUAAAUGUGGAGCCAUAGUGAACCAGCACUAAGUAAAGCCAGGGGAGCUAACCUCAACAGUAUGAUUAUAGAGCAACACGAAAACUACUCCGAGCAAGUCGGACUAGUUUGAUCUCUCUGAUGCAUGUGCAUUAACACGUUCGGAACUGCUUAAGCAAAAAGAGUGAAUUGUGCAUCAGAAUUAAAGUAAUAUUUCCUGCUUAUACAACUCGUAAUUAAUAACACAAAGUUCGAUUUAGGCCAACGUAAACUGGUUUAGCUGAUCGAGUGACACGUUUGUAAUAGUAUAUUGUCUGAGCUCUGGGAAUAAUACACACACGAAUGAUUGUUAUGGUACUAAUAUUCGAAUCCCCAAAUGACCUGAACUCCACGGCCUGGGAAAGUGAAACUGCACUUGCACAGCAGACAGCGCGGAGAUCUAGAUGCAGAAACAUUAAUUGCCGUUUACUGAACUUGCAGUACUUGAAAUUAUAGGAACUGCAAGAAAUAUAAUAUGCUACAGUCGGAAGGCAUUUAUAGUUAGCCGAUUUGCUGUAUUUUUGUAACUACAGUAACAAUUUGUUAUGAUGUUUUAAAAGCAAUUUUGCUUUUAUUUGUUUUACAUUAUGCAAUCAGAUGUUCUGUGAUGCAAGUUAAAUGUAUCUCUUAACCACAGCUUGGUCAGCUUUUAUUUGUUUUUACGUUGUAAUGCAUCACGGGAAGGAGCUGUUUCCUAAUUCAUACUUUUAAAAUACGCUUUAUUUUUUUUGAAACCCCAAAGUUUUGUAUCCUGUACAGAUACAGAGAUGCUCGACUUUUAACGAAUAAACACAAAAUAACAGCGACAGCUUUGCCUUGUUAAAAAGAGCCGCUGACGUGCCAUGUCACAGCAGCUUGUAUCCGGACAGACCUCGGAGGAUCUUUUGGCUGAUUUUGAGUCCAUUUUAGAAGCUGGAGGUAUCGAGUUGGACCAGCAACAGAUCGUGAUCAUUUCGACACCCGGAAAUGUGGAUUUGCACCCCGCAACCUCCGGUACGGGCGGUGAAAUGUUGCUGUUCGCCACUCCACAGGGCCCAAGACCUGGGGAUGGAGGAAGGAGACCCACCUUGGGGAGGCCGCCGGUAAAAAGGAAGCUGGACCUGGAGACUGACCACCAGUACGUGGCAGAAAAUAGGCAGAUUCCCCGAGGCAGGGGUCGGGUGGGAGAGGCAGGAAUGAAGUCCCCCGGUGAGAAGUCCCGCUACGACACCUCCCUGAACCUGACCACCAAGCGCUUCCUGGAGCUGCUGGCCCAGUCCCCCGACGGCGUGGUCGACCUUAACCUGGCUUCGCAGGUGCUGGAGGUGCAGAAGAGGCGAAUCUACGACAUCACCAACGUGCUGGAGGGAAUCCAGCUCAUCACCAAGAAAUCCAAGAACAACAUUCAGUGGCUGGGCAGUCGUCUGGAUGGGGUGUCUGGUGCCCGGUACCAGGCGCUGGUGAAGGAGGUGAGUGAUCUGGGAGAGACAGAGCAGAGACUGGACGAGCUUAUCACAAAGUGUAACCUGCAGCUGAAACUGUUGACAGAGGACCCGCAGAACAAAAAGUUAGCGUAUGUGAUGUGUCAGGACCUGAGGAACACAGUGGACCCCCCGGACCAGCUGCUGAUGGUGGUGAAGGCCCCCCCUGGAACACAGAUGCAGGUCUCGGACCCCAGUGAGGGGAUGCAGAUUUCUCUGAAAAGCCCCCAUGGCCCUAUCGAUGUGUUCCUGUGCCCAGAGGAUGGGGUAGGAGUCUGCAGUCCUGUGACUGGCAACAGCCCUUCCAAAGCAGCCAAUCAGGAUCUAUUACUGCAUGCCGUAACCCCAGUAACCACCACAGAGUCUCCGCCCUGCAGCUCCUCCCAGGAAGUGUCAUUGGCUCCCCUGUUAAUUCCGAGCGGACAAGAGCCUCUGCUGACAGAUGCUUUAUCUCCACUGAGGGGGCUACCUGACUUUGGUAACCUUUCACCUCUGAUGUCUUCCGGUUACCAGCUGGAUAGGAACUCUGAGGAUUUCUCACUCCCAUUGGAUUCCUUUAUCAACCUUUCCCCACCCCAAAAUCAUGACUAUCAUUUUGGAUUGGAGGAGGGGGAGGGUGUGAGUGAACUGUUUGACUGUGACUUUGGAGACUUGACCCCUUUGGAUUUUUGAAAGAUGUACAGGAGGGGGAGGGGUAAUGUAAUGAGUCUGGUCACAGUAAUGAUGCUUAUCUUGUUCUCAUUUGUUUCUUGCUUAUCACUUCAAAGCCAUGGCGGUUCCCAGCUCACUUCUACUUGGUACGCCAUUUGUCUGAUUGGAUGCCGAGUAAAUACAGACGUCUAGUCCCUUGUUGGGUAACUUGAAACUGGGCCAAUCAUAAACUCUGAAGUUGUAAUGAUUCUUGCCUUUUUCACAAAGUGGUCUGAGUGAUCUAUCCUGGCACUUAAACUCUUGAUGAAAAUUUUGGAGGUUGGUUUCCAACACUACCAAAGUAGUCAGGUGGUUUUGACUGCAAGUUCUUUGCAAAACCAAUUUCCAUUCUUCUAAUAAAAGACUUCAAUGGAACCGCCAGUAUGCAUGAUUAACAAGCAAGCAGUUCAGAUGCAUCUGAACCAAUUUCAGGCGCUUCACAAUUAAAAGUCAAGCUUUAAUGUUAAAGAUUACGUUGAUUCAAAUGUCAUUUUAAUGUGUGUGGUUUUUUUUAUAUAAAAGACUCCCUGUCUGUGAUUAUCAUUUUCCUCGCUUGAGCUUGUCUGGAGAAUCCGAAGUGGCGUGACACAUUCCAUUUAAAUCACAUGACAAUGUGACCUUUCCACUCUGCCAGCCCGGCCCACUCCCUAUAUCUAUACAUGUAGAGCAGGUGGGGCUGGCAGAGUGGAAAUGUUACACGAUUUGAAGAGAAUGAGGAAGGCAGGCAUUUAGGAUUCUCCAGGCCAGGUAAAAGCAGAUUCAGAGAAAAAAUAGAACUUCACAAAGGAGCAACAGAACCUAGAAGCAUUCAGAAUUAUUGCAAACCCUGCUAAUAAUGACAUCUCUUGCUGCAUGCUCUUCACUGUCUGACCAAGGCAGUCUAGUGUCUUAGGAUGUUAUUAAAGGAGCUGUGUGUUUUGACAGUACUAUAUGUUUGGAAGGCAAAUAACUUCUAUUAACUACAGUCCAAGCUCAUUCCAAAAAGACACAAUGUACUGUCUUGUAGUAAUAGUAACUGAAAUCCUGUUGCACCUUCUCAUUUUAGAGAAUGCUGAAGAUCAUGAAGUCUAUCUUAAUUAUCUAAAACAGAGCCACCUUUUAAACUUUGAAUCCUAUCUCAGACUUCCCGCAUGUUCAGAGCCCUGCGAGAGGGGAACUGCAGCAGGAUCAAUAGUUACAGGGCUGUAGCAUUCGGAUCACUAAAUGGGUCCCGAAUGCAAAGCUAAAAACUGGAACUGGAAAGCAUAGUAAGUGGCCAAUUAAAGAGCCCUUGUUUCUAAGAAGAAAGAACAAAAGACCUGGGAAUAGCUUUUAUACUUUUUUAAUUUUGUAAUAGCUGAGUUUCUUGCCAAGAUUCAACCUUUUAGUUUCUAAUUGGUCGGACUUAAUUUAAAUAUUAUGGUUCCACAGAGGUUUUUGUAAGGCACUUUUUUGUACUGUGUGAUGUAAAUUUGUUUUUUAAUUUGUUGGUGUAUAUUGUUUUAGUUAUUUAAUCUUAGGCAUGUUGAUCUGAUGAUAGAGUUGCUUUAUUUUCAUGUACAGAAUUUGAAAUGUUUUUUUACAGCUGGGUUUAUACAUUGUCAUUUUUUGUUUGCUUAUUGAAAGAAUAACUUAAGGCUGUUGUGUCCUUGAAAAUACAGCAAUGUUCCUAUGGAGUUUUUUUUCUUUUAUUGUUUGACAGCCAUGGGAUAAUGCUCCCAUCUAAAUAGGUGCGGUUGAUCAGUUUUGUAAAAUUGAGUGGGAAGAAUCAUGUUAUGCAUUUGUGGAAGUCAGAUUUUGACAAUCCAAAAAAAAUAAAAAAAUAGAUUUGAGUAAUAUUAAUAUGAAACCUUCCGAUUCAUUGCUAACACAAUACAAACCGAUUUCCUCUUUAGUGAACUCAACGAGGGCUACAUCAGUUCUAGUCAGCCCAAUCUCCCUGUAGACUGGCAAGGAACUGGACCCUCUUGGUAACCAGGUGUAUUUUCUAAGUAAACUUGCUCAGUGAUGUCAUGGGAAAUCAUGCUGAACGGCUCUUUUGGUCUUCUAGAGAUUUCUAAUGCAGACACUUCCUGCUCCAGUGUGGUUUGCAGUCCUGACCUUAAAGGCUCUUACUAAAGCAAGUUAAGAAUUUCUUCUAACUGAAGGUUCAGAAGGGACACAACCAGCAAGUUGGAUCAGUCCACUGUUGACCAUCAGUCUGCACUUGAAAAGCUGGGCUGACACUGGGAAGAAAAUGACUGUGACUGGGGAGCCUCCGAAACAAAGCAUUGGGAAUCCUGAAGAGGUGGUGCACUACUUAAACCUGCUCCUCUGCAGCCUCAUCUUCAUCGUUGGGAUUACCGGGAAUGGGAUUGUCAUCUGGUUUACCGGUUUCCGGUUGAAGAAGACCGAAUUCAACAUGUGGUUUCUCAACCUGGCACUGGCAGACUUCUUCUUCAUCCUCUGGCUGCCUCUUCGAAUGGUCAGUCUCUUCCUGCGCCACUGGCCCUUUGGUUUGGUGCUUUGCAAAGGGUAUUACUUCCUUUCCACUGUCAACAUGUACACCAGCGCCUUCAUCCUGAUGGCCGUCAGUAUUGAUCGCUGCAUCGCAACGGUCUACCCGCUGUGGCAUCGUAACCACCGACCAAAGCGACUCGCUCAAAAGGUUAGUCAGUGCCUGUGGGUCCUGACCUUCGCCAUGAGUCUGCCUUUGGCUUUUUAUUCAACACUUAAAGAAACCAAAAAGAACGUUUUGAUCUGCUCUGUGGAUAUAUACGUUGCCAGCAAUGUCUCGGACACACAAAACAGCACUUCUCAGAGGGGACGACAAAUGCUGGCCAAUGUUUUAGAGGUCUUCCUGCCCAUUUUCAUUUGUGGCUUUUUAAUUCCCCUCGGAGUCAUCACCUUCUCCUACUCAGUCAUUGCUUACAGGAUGAAAACUCGGCGGCUCCGCUUCAAUAACCUCUACAGAUUGCUUGCAGCAGCCGUGCUCUCCUUCUUCAUCACCUGGAUGCCUUCUCGCAUUCUUGGGAUAGUCCAAGUGAUUGCCAUUUACUCCCUAAGAAAGGAAGUGCUCCAACAUUUACAACUGUACCUCCCUCUGGCCUCGAGCAUUGGCUACAUAAACGGCUGUAUCAACCCCAUCCUGUACGUGCUCCUCAGAAAGGAGUUCAAGGACAAGCUGUGGGCUCUGAAGGAAUCCAUGCUCAAAAGAUUGCGGGGGAUAAAGGACUCCAGUAAUGUGAACUCUACUGAAAGGGAGCUUAGCCUCAGCCAUACCUGUCCCCCUUCUAACCAUCUGCAUACUGUGAGCUUGCAAGGAAAUAGAACUGUGAAUAUAGGCUCAGAUAUUAACAACAGUAACCAGGCUUAAAAUAUUGUUAUAACAUACUUAAGAUUGCUUAUAACGAGCGCUUAUGCAAUAGUUAUUGCUUCUGAGUGUGUUUAUGAAGGAAUGUUUUUUGUUUAAUGUGUGACACUUUCCUCCAAAUUGUUACUGGCACUUUUUCUUGAAACAACAAAAAAUAUAUAUUUAAACAACCAA